GUUUGUGGGUGGAUGUUUCUCUUCCUGUAGGCUUGAGUUGUGUUGUUCAUCUCUGUCUGUGUGCUGUGUUGUGUGUGUGUGUGUGUUGGGGGAGGCUGUCUCACCUGUUCAUCUCUUGGACUUUCUCUGUCAGUUCACUGUGAGGAGACGGUCAGGGAAGGAGACAGGAGCUAAACUCUCAGCCUCAGGGGGAACAUUAGAAAGGGAACUGUAUCCUUCCAGCCAUCAUGGACACUUUUUUCAGACGACAUUUUAAGAGGAAGGAGGCAGGAGAAGCCGUGCACGACGGCCAUGUACCUGAACCCUGUCGACACAGGAGGCCGAGCAUUGCGGUGCCAACCAGCCGUGCCCGUCGGCGCUCCAGCGUUGGCCUUCCGUCCACUGCAUUGGCCCAGCGACGCCGAUCCAGUGUCCAACUACUGCCAUUACCCCGAAUCACUGGCAGUCAACCGGUACAGAGAAGCAGUGGAAGACGGCGCUCCAGCACCACCACCCCGAAAGCCAAUCCUCGCUUUGCCGUACGCCGGAAGAAGGUAGGCAAGCUCCGCAAUAUAGACACACACCUCCUGGGCCCUUCCAUGCUGCUGGCCAGCCUGAUUCAGAUGACCGAAGAGGAGGAAGAGGACGAGGAGGGCCGUAGUCCAUUGCCAGGGCAGGUGGAACUUAAGGGAAGCUGCCCGAAGUUCAGGAGUCACACGGAUGUGCUGUUUUUAGAGGGCGAGAGUGACAGCGAUGAGUCCAGCGGACACUCGGAUGAGAGUAGCCACUCAGGGCUGCGCAAGGGGCACCUGGAGGAGGCCAGUGUGUCAGACUGGGAAAUCAAAGAGUCCUCUGUCUUAUGCCAGCCGGACUGCCUUCCUCUGGCUGUGGUGGCAGAGCGUGUCCAGGCCCACCCGUUGAUCAGAGUUCCCCGCUGCCUCAGGAGGAACUCGUCCCAUUAUGGCCACGGGGAGACGGGGACGCACGUCCGCUUCUGCCGCGGCAGCCAGAGGAGGCGCCGUCGCCGUGUAUCCACCAUCUCGAAAGUGGGAAGCCCCUGGCCAGGAAGAGGCAUGCCGCUACCUAACCGAAGAAGCUCCACCUGCAACAGGGCUCAGGCGACUCUCAAUCCUCUCCUGGGUGCUUAUUACGAUCCCAGUCUGGAGUCUUGGACUGGAUUCUUGUCGAAAGCCAUCGCCAAGGCUGGUGUGCAGGAUAACGCAGCCCAAUCCGGCUCCAUACCUGCCAAAUGUGAACCCAACAAAGAGAUCUGCAACACCGUGGAUUGGACUGAAAAUGCCCAGUUUGGCCAACAUGUGUGGUUUGAGACCAGUCCAUCUGGAGAUUUCUGUUACGUGGGGGAGACGUAUUGUUUUGCAAAGUCCCUGCAAAAAUCUCUUCCUCGCCACAAAUGUGCAUCCUGCAAAAUAGCUGUUCACACUGUAUGCAUGGAUCAGCUGGAGAAGAUUAACUUCAGGUGUAAGGCAUCUUUUAAAGAUCCAGGGAUGAAAAAUGUCAGAGAGACUCCAAACAUGAGACAUCACUGGGUCCAUCGGAGACGGCAAGAAGGAAAAUGCCGGCAAUGCGGAAAGGGUUUCCAGCAGAAAUUCUCCUUCCACAGUAAAGAUAUUGUGGCCAUCAGCUGCUCAUGGUGUAAGCAGGCAUAUCACAACAAGGUGACCUGCUUCAUGCUGCAGAAAAUCGAUGAGACGUGUUCCCUCGGCGCUCACGCGGCUGUCAUCAUCCCUCCAACCUGGAUCAUCAGAGUCCGCAGACAGCAGGCAUCAUUAAAGAGCAGUAAAAGAAAGAAGAAAACCUCUCUGAAGGCCAAACCCAGCAAGAAAGCCACAGAGCAGGAUGGCAAAUGGAAGCACUUUGUCGUGAGACCGAUUCCUUCUCAGCUCAUGAAGCCUCUGCUGGUGUUUGUCAACCCGAAGAGUGGCGGAAACCAGGGAACCAAAAUCAUCCGCUCUUUCAUGUGGUACCUGAACCCACGGCAAGUGUUUGACCUGACUCAGGGAGGUCCGAGAGAGGGGUUAGAAAUGUACAGCAAAGUGCCCAACCUGCGAAUCCUUGUUUGUGGCGGAGAUGGAACGGUUGGCUGGAUUCUCUCAGUGCUGGAUGAACUCCAGUUGAACCCUCAACCCGCCGUGGCCGUGCUGCCCCUCGGGACGGGAAACGACCUGGCCAGGACUCUCAACUGGGGCGGGGGCUACACAGAUGAACCGGUGACCAAGAUCUUGUCCCAUGUGGAAGACGGCAACAUCGUCCAGCUGGACCGAUGGAACCUGAGCGUGGAACCCAAUUUAGAGGCCAGUGAGGAGGAGAGAGAUGAACACCAGACCGACAAGCUUCCCAUUGACGUCUUCAACAAUUAUUUCAGCCUCGGAUUUGAUGCACACGUGACAUUGGAGUUUCACGAAUGCAGAGAGGCUAAACCAGAACGGUUCAACAGUCGACUUCGCAAUAAAAUGUUUUAUGCAGGGACAGCCUUCUCAGACUUCCUAAUGGGCAGCUCUAAAGAUCUGUCCAAACACAUCAGGGUCGUGUGUGAUGGUACUGACCUAACCAGUAAAGUGCAGGAUAUGAAACUGCAGUGCCUCCUGUUCCUCAACAUCCCCAGAUAUUGUGCUGGUACGAUGCCAUGGGGGAACCCGAGUGAGCACAAUGACUUUGGGCCACAGAAACAUGACGACGGGCUCAUCGAGGUCAUCGGCUUCACCAUGACCUCUCUGGCGACCCUGCAGGUCGGAGGACACGGCGAGAGGCUUCACCAGUGCCAGGAGGUGAUCCUGACCACCUUUAAACCCAUUCCUGUGCAGGUGGAUGGAGAACCCUGUAGACUGGCUCCAUCCGUCAUACACAUCACUCUCAGGAACCAGGCCAACAUGCUGCAGAAGACCAAGAGAAGAAUCUCUCUACCACAGCUGUAUGAUCAGCAGCCCAUGCCAGAGAAAGUGCAGAUCCAGGUGAACCGCAUCAGCAUGUGUGAUUAUGAAGCUCUUCAUUAUGAUAAGGAGCAGCUCAGGGAGGCCUCGAUUCCUAUGGGGAUAAUUACAGUUCCCGGGAACAGUGAUUUGGAGACAUGUCGGCUGCAUAUCGAGAAGCUACAUGAGGAGGGGGAUGGUAUAAACACAGACACACUGCACAUGCCAAAACUUUCACCAAAAUGGUGCUUCCUUGACUCUACGACUGCAGACCGUUUCUACAGAAUAGACCGCGGUCAGGAGCAUCUAAACUAUGUGACGGAGAUCUCCCAGGAUGAGCUUUUCAUCCUGGACCCGGAGCUGGUCACCAAGGAGACGGUGGGCACGUCGCCCGGAAUGCCGGGGGCGAUGGAAACUGUUGGGGGAUGUUCCAACAGCUCAGACCAGUUUGCUUUCCCUGCCUGCUCUCCCGGGCCUUCUCCUCUGUGCAGGGUUCAUCAGACGCAUGCUGAAGGCCAAGUGGAAAGUGUGAACCCGGAUAGUGUCCCACACAUGCAAAGUGAUCCAGAGAGCCCCUCAAAGCAAGGCCUGUGCAGGAGAGGAGCAAAAAUGAUGAAUAUCAGUCGUUCAAACACAUUUGAUGAGGACUCAGUGAAUGUGCCAAAGAGGUUAGAUUCUGCCUGGAAUGACAGUGAUCAAGAAUCAAUAAAUUUGCUCUUUGAUGCCGUGAAGUGUGACAACAUUGAAAAGCUGGUCCAGGUGCAUGAAGAAGGGGUCAGUCUCUUGGUCCAGGACCGUUUCGGCUGCACCCUCCUCCAUCACGCCGUCGUCUCAGGCAGCAAAAACAUGGUGAAGUAUCUCACUGAUAACGCUCCAGCCUGCAUCCUGGAUGUGACGGAGAAAUCAACAGGAGAGACGGCUCUACACAAGGCUGCUGCUCUGUGUCAGAGGACGAUCUGCUGUUAUCUGGUGGAGGCUGGAGCGUCCCUCAUGAAGACUGAUCUACAGGGUGACACUCCAAAGAUGUACGCGGAGAGAGCUCAAGACCUCGAGUUGGCCGAGUACCUGGAAAACCGACAGCACCACCAGAUGAUCCAGAGGGAUGACCAUGAGACGGCUGUGUGACCGACUUCUGACCGCCACCAAACAGAGGCGUAUCCCGUCUCUCCCGUGGCCGGUUUAUCCGGGACGGCCACAUGUUAGCGACGCUUUGAGGCAGCAUGUGUGCGGAAAUAAGUUUGUUCGCUCUCUGUAUUGAUUGUAAUGCCAAAAAGACAGUGUUUCGUGUCAUGUUUCAGAAUGCAUGGGUUUGCUACGUCGCGUCCAGCUUUCAGGCCGUGCAAAGCUGCACCGUUCUGCUCCUUAAGACACAAUGUGCAACAUUUUGGGAAUUUCAGGGCUGAAGUACCAUGUAUAAAAGUGGCUUUCACUGAACUACUAUAAAGAAAACCAGAUGAAGCUCAUGUGAGAUUAACUGCAGAGGUUUUUUGCUGCUUCUGAUUACAUUUUACAAUUCUGAUCGCAUAUCUAAUAGUUUUACAGAGUUUAUGUGACCGUAGUCCACUGGAAACUUCCUUUAGCUUGGCUUCCACUUCACGUGUUUGUUCUGAUUGGAGAUAGACGUUGUUUUCAUAGCCUCCUGUGUUUAAGAAUGCUUCCUCAGCUGUUGCUUACGGACAGUUUCUCUCUUUGUGGUAAAUGCUUGAAUUUCCUAAAAACAUUCCAUUAAUUACUACUUUAGAUUGCAUUAAAUCAAUUCUGUAUUCUCCAUAUAUAUUAUAAAUCGUAAUCAUUUGUUAGUCAAUAGAUUUGCCUUUGGCCAUUUUAUGACCAUAAAUGUGCGCCUAAAUGAAUGAAGUUUCUUUCAGGAAUGGGAUCGUAUCUUUUAGCGUGGAUUGUUUGCACUGACUGCUAUACUUUUGAAUAAAAAUUUCUCACCAGUGUGAUUUUAGGUCAUGCAGCAACUUGAAUUUGUUAGUUUUGGUUUCCAGCCAAAUGGAGCAUGUUAGUUACACAGAAACAUAGGUUUAAGGCUUAAUCCUGAGAUAUAAAUCACAUUUUCAGUGACGAAUGGAGGAAAUGAAAUACGAGUUGUCAUGGGUUUUGCAUUGGUGCAUUACAGAGUUAUAUAUAUUUAUGUCAUCGUCUGCAGUUACAAGGUUUAAAUUCCUUUGUAUUAAACCGGGUCACUUUAUGUACAUGUAAAAUUGACUAAAUGCUUGAAUAAUAACACAGGAAAGCUGGUCUUUUUACAAAGCAGCCAUUUGACAACGUUAUGUUGUCGGCAUUGCCAAUGUGUGUUUGUGGUGAGAUGUCAUUAUGAUAGAAUAUGUAUUUUGUCAGUGCUUUGUAUGAGUUGCUAUGCAAUUCCAAAUAGAUGAUACAUGUAUAUAAUCUGUCAAACAUUUUAAAAAUGUGUGAACAAUCUGUUCCGACAUAAAGGUCUUUAAUUUGUAUGUGAUAUGAACUUAGAUAAUGCUUUAUUUAUAAGAGUAGAUAAGAGUUUUGUUAGCGGAAUAGUGAUAUAUUUGUUCUUGGGUCUGGUUUGUUAUUGUCUACUUGGGGGAAGAAAAUGAAUAAAGUCUUUAAAAACAA